CUAUGUUUUAGCCCAUCUCUGCUCAAUUAUAACGAGAGAGAGAGAGAGAGAGAGAGAGAGAGAGAGAGAGAGAGAGAGAACAAAAGGCACUGAAGAUACAUUUCUUCCUUCUUGUGUCUCUAUAAUUCCAGAGAGAGAGAGAGUGUGUGCGCGCGUCUGUGUGGUGAAGAGAGGGAGCCAUGUUGGGAGUAUUCAGCAGCUCGAUCGUGUCGCCACCGGACGAACUGGUAGCGGCCGGCAGCCGGACUCCGUCGCCGAAGACUAAGGCAGGGGCGCUGGUGAACCGGUUCCUUGAGACUAACCCUUCAGCCGUGUCCCUACAGAUCGGAGACCAUGCUCAGUUGGCCUUCACUCAUCACAACCAGUCCCCUAUACAGCCCAGAUCGUUCGCAGUGAAAGAUGAGAUAUUCUGCUUGUUUGAAGGAGCACUUGACAACUUGGGGAGUCUGAAACAGCAGUAUGGAUUGGGCAAGUCUGCAAAUGAGGUGGUUUUGGUCAUUGAAGCUUACAAGGCACUUCGUGACAGGGCACCUUAUCCACCUAACCAUGUUGUGGGUCACCUUGAAGGCAACUUUGCCUUCGUUGUCUUUGACAAGUCUACCUCCACCUUGUUUGUGGCUACUGAUCAAUUUGGUAAGGUUCCUCUGUAUUGGGGAAUUACUGCUGAUGGGUAUGUAGCUUUUGCUAAUGAUGCUGAUUUGCUCAAAGGUGCUUGUGGCAAGUCGCUGGCUUCUUUCCCUCAAGGAUGUUUUUACUCCACGGCAGUUGGAGAAACAGUUGGAGAACUGAGAAGCUAUGAGAAUCCUAAGAACAAGAUUACUGCUGUUCCGGCUAGAGAGGAAGAAAUUUGGGGUGCAAAAUUCAUGGUGGAAGGGCCAACAGUUAUUGCAGCCACAAAGUAGGAGAAGAUUAUCUCGCGUCUCUGUACCCGCCCCUACCCUAUUAAUGCCUCCAUGGGGGGCAAAAUGGGGUUUAUCUCGCGUCUCUGUACCUCGCCCCUACCCUAUUAAUGCCUCCAUGGGGGCCAAAAUGGGGAAUGAAAGGCAAUGAGUUGGGUCAUGUAAAUAAGUGAAAUGAGAGUUUGUUUGUGGCUGUUGGGGGAAUGGACAAGAGGGAAGAGGUAGGAUUUUCCUGUCUACGUGGUUGUGCCUUCGGUUAGAAUGCAAUGAGUUGGUGGUUUUCCUUCUUGGGUAGCUUGCACUUUGGGCAAGAUCUUUGUGUUGCUUCAGUUAUUGUACAGCUACUAUAUCUUGGUCUAAUAAAGUUGUCUGGAUCACUUUUUAGAA